CAUGGGCCCGCCGCCGCCGCCGCUGGAAAAUCCAGAAAGAACCUUUGACUUGGUAUUGAAAGUGAAAUGUCAUGCCUCUGAAAAUGAAGAUCCGGUGGUGUUGUGGAAAUUCCCAGAGGACUUUGGCGACCAGGAAGUACUACAGAGCGUGCCCAAGUUCUGUUUCCCCUUUGACAUUGAAAGAGUAUCUCAAAAUCAAGUCGGACAGCAUUUUACGUUUGUACUGACAGACAUUGAAAGCAAACAGAGAUUCGGAUUCUGCAGACUCACAUCAGGAGGCAGAAUUUGCUUGUGCAUCCUUAGUUACCUGCCAUGGUUUGAAGUAUAUUACAAGCUUCUAAAUACUCUGGCAGAUUACUUGGCUAAGGAACUGGAAAAUGAUUUGAAUGAGACUCUCAAAUCACUCUAUAGCCACCCAGUACCAAAGGCAAACACUCCUGUCAGUUUGAGUGUGAACCAAGAGAUAUUUAUUGCCAGUGAGCAAGUUCUGAAAGAUCAGCCCUUCCUAGUACCGCAUUCCUACUUCAUUGCCCCAGAUGUAACUGGACUCCCAACGAUUCCUGAGAGUAGAAAUCUUACAGAAUAUUUUGUUGCCGUGGAUGUGAAUAAUAUGCUGCAACUGUAUGCCAGCAUGUUGCAUGAGAGGCGCAUCAUUAUUACCUCUAGCAAAUUAAGCACUUUAACUGCCUGUCUCCAUGGAUCAGUUGCUCUGCUGUACCCAAUGUACUGGCAACACAUAUACAUCCCAGUGCUUCCUCCGCACCUGCUGGACUACUGCUGUGCUCCAAUGCCAUACCUGAUUGGAAUACACUCCAGCCUCAUAGAGAGAGUGAAAAAUAAAUCAUUGGAGGAUGUGGUUAUGCUAAAUGUUGACACAAACACUUUAGAAUCACCGUUUAAUGACUUGAACAGCCUACCGAGUGAUGUGGUCUCGGCCCUGAAAAAUAAACUGAAGAAGCAGUCUACAGCUACGGGUGAUGGAGUAGCUAGGGCCUUUCUUAGGGCACAGGCUGCUUUGUUUGGAUCCUACAGAGAUGCACUGAGAUACAAACCUGGUGAGCCGAUCACUUUCUGUGAGGAGAGUUUUGUAAAGCACCGCUCAAGUCUGAUGAAACAGUUCUUGGAAACUGCAGUUAACCUCCAACUUUUCAAGCAGUUUAUUGAUGGUCGCCUGGCAAAACUAAAUGCAGGAAGGGGUUUCUCUGAUGUAUUUGAAGAGGAAAUCACUUCGGGUGGCUUUUGUGGAGGGAACCCAAGGUCAUAUCAACAAUGGGUGCAUACAGUCAAGAAAGGAGGUGCACUAUUUAACACAGCAAUGACCAAAGCAACUCCAGCUGUACGGACAGCAUAUAAAUUUGCAAAAAAUCAUGCAAAGCAGGGAAUAAAGGAAGUGAAGAGUAAGCUGAAACACAAGGAAAAUGAAGAUUAUGGGGCCUGUUCUGGUUCUGUACAGUAUACACCAGUUUACACAUUACACAAUGAAAAGGGAGGAAGUAUAGAAAAGCGUAAGCUUGCCCAAGCACGCUUAAAAAGACCUCUUAAGAGCCUUGAUGGUGCUCUGUAUGAUGACGACUAUGACGAGAGAGCAAGCAAGUUGUCCUCUGAAGAUGGAGAAGAAGCUUCUGCUUAUUUUUAUGAAAGCGAUGACUCCAUUGAAGCAAGAGUAAAGACUCCAUACGCAGGCGAAAUGGACCUACUUGGAGAAAUCUUAGACACACUGAGCACACACAGCUCAGACCAAGGAAAGCUGGCAGCAGCUAAGAGCUUGGAUUUCUUCAGAUCAAUGGAUGAUAUCGAUUACAAACCUACGAAUACAUCCAAUGCACCUAGUGAGAAUAAUCUGGCCCUACUUUGCAGUGGUUCUGGUGAUCAAGCAGAGUGGCAUCUCGGACAAGAUGAUAGUGCCCUCCACGGCAGACACCUCCCUCCCUCUCCCCGGAAGCGGGUUUCCUCUAGUGGUUUGACAGAUUCUCUGUUUAUCCUGAAAGAGGAAAACAAUGAAAAAUACCUCAGUGUCAACAAUGUGAGGGGGCCUGUGGUCAUGGAAAAGCCAGUUUCGACUUCAGGAUUGGAUCUCCAGCUAACUUCGCCUGAAGUUUCCAAAAAUGAAAAAGCUAAAACAGAAAAGAAAGAAACACUAAGCCAGAUUUCAGACGAUCUGCUUACACCCAGCCUUGGGCGACGUCCAUCUACUUUUGUUCCUUGGGAGAAAGAAGGGAGAGAAGCCCAAGAGACUUCAGAAGAUGCUGGACUGCUUCAUGAAGUAGUGUCAUUAUGUCAUAUAACAUCUGCCUUCCAGCAAGACUUAAACAUUCCAGAAGAAAACGCAAGUGGAAACCAAGCUUAAAUCAACAAUUAGGAGCCAUUCACUUGCAUCCAGGCUUCUAUGGAGACAUUUUAGGAUUCCUUGUAAUCUCUAUAGUAAACAGAAUUAUUUGUAGGAAUGACAAUUCUUAGUACUGUCCAAAAAUUAUUUUUCAUUUGGAACAUACAUUUUCCCCACUCAUUCAUCUCGUGAGUAUAUGUUAUCAAUUGAUUUUUAAAUGUAAAGCUGAUUCUUCUACUGUGCUCCUUAAUCAGGUACUAGUUUGUAUGUAUAUUGGAAGUAUAUGUCAAAUGUCUGAUUUCCCAGUAUUUGGUGCUUAAUGCCAUUCGUUUUAUUUAAACUAAUAUGCAUAUAUAACCCUUGCACAUAACCAGUAGCUACUAUACUAAUCUGGUUGAGCAUGAACUGAUCAGGAUAUCAAAACUUAUCAAAACUAGCCUGAAACUGCUGAAACUAUUGACCCACUAACUGCCUUAAUCCUAAGCCUAUAUUUAGCAUAUUUUAAUAAUUUAUGGACUUACCUGUAAAUUUUGAAGGAUAAGUUAUAAGUGUUCUGCAGAGCAAUAAUGCCUUUUUCUAUUUGUUGAAUCGAGGACAAAAUUCAUUUUUCAAAGUUAAAAAAGCUCUCUUGUGGACACUGGCAGCCAUGUUUUCCAAAAUGUAUAAAGGUACACAUUUACCUUUCACUCAGUGAAAUAUAUGAAGUGCUGAAUUACAAUGUGAAAUUAAUGACUUCUGUUUACAAAUGAGACACUUUAAAAUUUUUUUCAGUCUCUCUAUAUGCCUUUGCUAUCUAGGAAUCCAGCCCCAGAAAGCCAAAUGCAUCACGUACUGUCCUGAUAAAGAAAUGUUCCUGUCUUUUUUUUUUCUUAACUAAUAAUUCAUUUUUUAUCAUCUCAAAUUUACUUUUUUAAAAUAAUUGACUUUAUAUUUUAGAAGUUUUAGUCUACAGAAAAAUUAUGAAGAAAGUACAGAGAGUUCCUGUUAUGUCCCUGCACAGUUUCCCCUGUGAUUAAUAUCAUACAUUGGUAUGGUACAUUUGCCACAAUUAGUGAACCAAUAUUGAUAGUCCAUGCUUUAUUCAGAUUUCCUUAGUUUUUCCCCUAAUGUCUUUUUUCUGUUCCAGAAUCCCAUUCAAGAUACCACAUUACAUUUGGUUGUCAUGUGUCUUUAGAUCUCUCUUGGCUGUAAUAUUUUCUUAGACUUUUCCUUGUUUCUGAUGACCUUGACAGGUUUGAAGAUUACUGAUCUGCUGGUUGAAUACUAUAGAAUGUCCCUCUGUUAGAAUUUGUCUGCUAUUUUUCUCACAAUUACACUGUGAUUUUGGGUUUGGGGGAGGAAGAUUACAGAAGUAAAAUGUCAUUUUCAUUACAUCAUACCUAAGGUACAUAAUGUCAGGAUGAUUUGUGAGUGUUAAUGUUGACUUUGAUAACCUAGCUGAGGUGAUGUUUGUCAGGUUUUCCCACUAUACUCUUUUCCCUCCCUUUCUAUGCCGUAGUCUUUGGAAGGAAGUCACUGUGUACAGACCACACCUAAGGAGUAGGGCUUUAUGCUUCCUCUUACUUAGGAUGGAGUAUCUACAUAAAUUAUUUAGAAUUCUUCUGCGUAGGAGAUUUGUCUGUUCUCCCUCAUAUUCACUGUUAAACAUUGAAAUUCAUCUCAGAUGGCACCAUGCAUUGACUGCUUCAUGAUAGGCUAGAUUGACAGAAAAAAAUCAGGAAAAAAACCAGUGGUGUUAUGGUUAAUUUGGUAUUUGCAUAUUCAAUGUAUACUCUGUACAUCCCCAAUCAUUAUUUUUUUAAACUGUCAUUUUAGAAAAGGUGUUUGAAAAACCAUUCAAGAACCCCAUCAGGACUGUACCCUAAAAUAUUUACUGAAAGAAUUUAGUUUUUAGUUUAAAAAAAUCCUAGAAGGGGAUUUGUUAAAAACAUUGCUUAAAAAUAUUUAUCCAGGUCAGUCUUUAAAGAAUUUAAAGAAAAUGACCAAGUUUUUUUCUUUUCUAAGCUACAUUCCAAAAUCUAAAUAGAUAUUUUUUUAUUGGGGACAAUUAUUCAUUCAUGUUUGUAAAGGAAGACAAAUCUUGUUUUUCUUAUAAGAAGGGAGUCUGUAUAUAUUAAGGAAAAAAGUGUUUAAUCCUUAUUUUAUUAACACAAAAGUAAGACUCAUGGUUCUUGUCAAAUUUUGCCUUUAUAUACUCAUUACAAAAUUCCAUUUCACUUUGUCGAAACAUGUAAUAAAAGAAGUAGAUUUAUCAGAAGAGCUGUUUUAAAUGAGAAGGGGAAAAAAGAUGACUCUGGUUGUUAAUCUGCUUGGGAAAUAUUUCUUCAUAAAUUUUUAAAAGAAAAAGUCUUUUAAUAUGACUAUUGGAAUGAGGCGUGUUUUCCUUCAGAAUUCAUAGUCUGAAGAAUGAGAUAAUUGUGAGUGUAGCGUAGGUGGAAUUGGAGUUUUAGUCCCUUUGCUUAAUAAACAUCAUGGCCUCAGAAGUGUAGGCUCUUCUGUCAUCCGGUCACCUCAUGAAAUGUUUGACUACAAGACUGUGUUGCUGUGAGGACAUUUAGCCUCUCACAAGUACAUUUGCGUCAAGGUAUUCUGAACUGGAUUUGUGCCUUAUUUUAACAUGCAAAAUCGGCUUUUAUAUUCUGUUAAAAAACAAAAGCAAAAAACAAAAGCUCUACAUAUUAUUCUUGGAAAAAAUCCCGAAGACUAGUAUCCAAGAGACUGCUAAUCCAAAAGUAUUAGUAUUUCAAAUCAUUAAUAUUUUGAGUAUUCAAAGUCUGCUCUUAAACUAGACUUCCCAGUAUUAUGGUGGAUAUAGGGAGAAUAAGGUGAAAUUAAGGUGAAUUCUGAAACAAACAAAAGUAUUAUUUUCUCCUAUGUUCAUAUUUUCUAUUACAACUAAAUGAAAUACUUGUAAACUCCUCUGCUGUUUGAAUUUGUUUCUCAAAGAAGCUAUACUUGUUCUACCACAGAGUUGUAUAAAUCAGUCUUUGGCUUUCCUGCAUAGUCUUUUAUGUGGCCUCUAAACCGUCAUGAUUCUCCCUGAAUCCCACUCUAGCUUUUAUCCUUUUUGUGCUUAAAUAUCGCAUCCGUGAUAUUUCAGGCAGGGAUAGAAGAGUCAUGUGUGAAUUUAGGAGCUAUUGUUUUGUUAAGCCAGCGUGUUGUUAAGUGGUUAAUUUUGAUGGUUACCUACUUCAGCAUAUUUUAGGAAGGCACCAAAACAUAUAGCAGGAUGAUUUUUCUGUUAAUAACUCAUCCACUUAGGAAAUAUUUAUUGACUCUUUGUACUGGUCGUAUGCAAGGUACAGUAACUGGGGAUAUAAGGAAAUAAAAUAAUUAACAUAGUCCCUGCUCUGAAGGAACCAAUUAAAAGGAAAAGAAAUGACAAAUCUCUGUUAAUAAUAAUAGUAACGAUAUAUUUUGUUUAGAAGUUAUUGGCCCAAGAUUCUAACACCAAAAAUAAAUAAAUAAAUAAAUCCUUUUAAAGCUGCUUAAUCUAAAACAUGCUCUAAGUAUAGAACCAUGGUACCAUUUCUAAUUUCAUUAACUUUAUUAUUUUAACGAAGUAUAAUAAUGCUGCUAUUUUAAGAUACCUACUUUUAAAGGACAGACUUAGAAGCUCUUAGAAACUAAGUGUCCUUGUUUCUCUGAUUCUCUGUCCCCACUAUGCUCAAUCUUUGACCAGGCAGCACAGGGCUCUAUAAUGGAAUGUGGCUCCUUUGCAAUACUUAGGCCACAUUACUUACUUUAGGAUUAACUGGGAGUGUAGGUGCAUGUUGAUGGAAGGGAGUUUUUACGUUCUUUAUAAUAGCAUUCUCUAGAAAGCAGCUUCUGCCGUCCCCGCCUCUUAAAUUAAAACAGUGCUAUUAUCAGGAUUCUGUGCUAAAUAUUCUAAUCGUAGGAUUCAGGAAUGUUCAUGAAUUAGUUGUUUCUUAAAUAACGUGAAGAAGUAGUCUCCUGAUCAAGAGGAGAAAACUGUGAAUAUUCUCAUAAUCAGCAGAUCUUCCUUCUCAUCUAGAAAAUCUGGAUUUUCAGGAAAAGAUUAUUUUCACAAAUAAAUUUUCUAAUGCAAAUUCCAUUUUUGUUUAGCAUAGAAGACCCUGACUCUGGGUAGUUAUUUGUAAGUCAGAACACAAAUUUCAGGAAGUAAAGUGAAUACCCAAAUCUAAUUCCCCAAGCGCUUCUAAGUGUAAGGAAAUAACUUUUACAGAGUCUGUGUCAGUCACAUCUUUCCUGUGUCGAGCCCAGUACUUUGAUAGUGUCUGUUUCUUAAAGCUUACUGAAGAGGCAGAAUUGUUUUGAGCAAACUGGUUAACAUUUUUAUUUUGGUGAAGAUAUAGGGAAUUAUGUGUAUUUAGAAAGAAGCAUAUUUUGUUUUGAAAAAUAAUAGGAUUUUGUGCAAUAUUUUUCCUGCAUAAUUUAGUUCAUAUAAAUAUGCACAUCUGCUUUUCUAGCAGAUGACUUAAGGUCAUGUUUUUCAGUAUUUGUGUAAAGCUGUAUGUAGCAAUGUUCUAUGUGAUCUUAGAAAAAAUUCUUUAUGUUGUUGGCAGGCGAAAUGUUUUUGUUUAUUUAAAAUAAUUAUGGAUAUUGCAUUAUUGUAUCAUAACUAACUGCCUCAGCGACAAUAAAUAUGCAAUAAGAAAAUCCUGAACCUUAGGUUAGUAUUGACAAUACUAUUACUUUAAGAGAAAUGUGUAUCGUGCAAAAUGCUGAUUCUACGUGUGCACACUUAACAAAUAUUCAGUUCUGUACCACAUAAAUCUAAUGGCAUUUGUAUGGUGAUGACCAUGUAUGUCGAUUGUAAUAUGCUUUGUGAUGAAUCUUUGGUAAGAUUUAUAAAGGGCAUUGCCAAUACUUCUUGACUGUCUAUAAAUUAAGUUAAUUUUUGUAUAAUGUACAGUUUGUUUAACCUUAGAGCUUCUAUAGAUUUCUACUUUUAUUAUACUUGAAUGAGGCAGAAAAGCACUGUGGAAAAUCUGUAGCUCUCGAUGCGAUAUGCAGACAUACCAAAAAAUUAAACAUGGUACUGAGCAGCAAUGUCAACUGGAUGCUUUAUAUCCAGAAAGCUGUGUUUUCUUCCAACCACACUUUAGUUAGGUAAUUUAAAAUACACGGUCUUUUAUCUUAAAAGGUUGCAAAGUCAGAAAUGAUUACCUCUUUGAUGUGAGAAACCUCUAGGUCUCUUUUGUCUCCGUGUUAUUUCACUUCCCAGAUGAGAGCCUUAAUGAGGUACCUUAACAAAUCCACCCUCUGGUUGGUUAUGUGAUGUGUAGGACAGGACCGGACUUGAACUCUGUGCGUGCUGAAUGCACCGCAAGUGUCCGGUCACCAUCCUUCAGGCAGUGUAACUUCCACGUGGUUAUUUUGAGAACCAUUCAGUGGUCCUAUACCAAAAACAAGAUUUCUUGAAUCUGUUAUGAUUUAGUACUUACAGCAAUGCCUAAAACAGCAAACAUGAAGUCUGCAAUUUAAUAUGCAUAAAGUCUUUUUUAUAUAAAAGGUACGUGAGAGGUUAAGAUGGAACUUUCCCAAAGCUUAUUUCUUUUGCUUUAAAUGAAUAACUGUUUAAAAGGACUGAAAGUCUUGAGCUUUUUGCCAGACCUGGUGACAGAUAUCUGUAAGAACCUACCCAGCAUUGAGAUUUGUUUCACUGUUCUUGCAUCCUUGAGGCUACAGCAUAAAUCAUCUCUAAAGUUGACUACUAUUGGGAGGACAUUGUGCAGAAAAGUAUUGUUUGGGGAAUUUUUUGAAAAAUAUGCAAACCUAAAUCUUGGAUGAACUACAUACUACCAUAAAGUGCCCAACAAUGCAGUUAUGAAAUAAAAUUGGUCGUAAUUACAA